AUGCUAGCGGCAUUUCAUAUGCAGCAGUUGUAUUUCCGAUGCCAAUCAGUCCAUGGAACCUCUGUACAAUUACUAGCUGCUAAAUCUAGAAUAGCUCCAUUGAGAUCCAUUACUAUACCGAGACUGGAAUUGCUUUCCUGUUGCAUUGGUGCAAGACUCUUAAAAUUUGUAAAAGAGAGUUUAAAUAUUGUAAAUAUGAAAACACAGUUUUGGACCGACUCUACCACAGCUCUUCAAUGGAUCAGACGAGACGAAACUUGGAGCGUUUUUGUUCGUAAUCGAGUGAAUGAAAUUCGGAAGCUGUCAAAUAUAGACGAUUGGAGACAUGUUCCGGGACCAUUAAACCCCGCUGAUUUGCCCUCUCGUGGAUGCUCCGUUUUGAAGCUUCUGAAUUCUAAAUGGUGGGAGGGAUCCAAAUGGUUACUCUUACGUGAGGAUUUGUGGUCAGAAUCUAAUCACCAUGUUAAUGAAGAGAUUGUCUUUGUAGAAAAAUGUGGCAAAUCAAUCAGUUUUGUAAACAACUCUCCUGUUACUGCAAGUCUUUUCUCUCGGUUUUCUAGCUACGCCAAAAUCUUUAAAAUUUUGGGUUGGAUUUCAAGAUUUCAGCAUAAUUCUAAGACCGAAAAGGAAUGCAGAAAGGAGGGAUGUUUGACUGCAUCUGAAAUAAAUGAAGCAGAAAAAAGGAUCAUUAAGAUGAUUCAAGAAGAGUCUUUCACCGAAGAAUCAGUCAGAGGUUUCAAGACACUCAAUUUGUUUAGAGAUGAGGAGAGUAUUUUAAGGAUUAAAACAAAAUUAACUGAGAAGGGCGACUUGCGAAAUUUUAGAUACCCCAUUCUUCUUUCUGGAAAACAUAGGUUAGUAGAGCUUCUUGUCAGAAAAGCUCAUAGGGAAAACUCUCAUGCUGGAGUGCAGAUUCUAUUAUCAAAAUUGCUAGAAAAUUUCUGGAUUAUAAAUGGAAGAAGAACCGUUCGUAGAGAGAUUAACAAAUGCUUAAGAUGCAAGAGAUACAAUUCCAGGAACAUAGAGACCCAACUUAUCGGUUUGCCUCAGGACAGAGUAGAAGAAUCAGCUGCAUUUGAAAUGAGCGGCGUACAUUUAGCUGGACCACUUACGCUUAAGGGAGGUGGAAAAUGUUGGAUAGUUCUUUUCACGUGUGCAGUGUAUCGAGCAAUACACCCUGAACGGACACUGUCACUUGAUACUAGAUCCUUCCUCCUUUGCCUUCGGCUGUUCAUAGCCAGACUAGGCCGACCAUAG